AUGGCAGAAGGAAAUCAUUCUACAGUGACUGAGUUCAUCCUGGCUGGAUUAACAGACAAAUCAGAGCUCCAGCUGCCCCUCUUCCUCCUCUUCCUUGUAAUUUAUGUGCUCACAGUGGUGGGGAACCUGGGCAUGAUCACACUGAUUGGCUUCAGCUCUCACCUGCACACCCCCAUGUACUACCUGCUCAGCAGUCUCUCCUUCAUUGAUCUCUGUCAGUCCACUGUGAUCACCCCCAAAAUGCUGGUGAACUUCAUGAUAGAGAACAAAACAAUCUCCUAUACUGAAUGCAUGACUCAACUCUACUUUUUCAUUUUUUUUGCAAUUGCAGAAUGUCACAUGCUGGCUGCAAUGGCCUAUGACCGCUACGCGGCCAUCUGUAACCCGUUGCUUUACAAUGUUGCCAUGUCUAAUCGAGUCUGUUAUUUGUUGGUCGUUGGAGUGUAUAGCAUAGGCUUGAUUGGUGCCACAGCUCACACAGCCUCCAUGGUAAGAGUGCUUUUCUGUAAGGAUGAUAUAAUAAACCAUUACUUCUGUGAUAUUUUUCCACUAUUGGAGCUCUCUUGCUCCAGGAUAUUUAUAAAUGAGGUAGUUGCUCUGUGCUUAAGUGCAUUUAAUAUCUUUGUCCCAACCCUGUCCAUCCUUAGCUCCUACAUCCUCAUUGCCAGCAUCCUGCGCAUUCACUCUACUAAGGGCAGAGCCAAAGCCUUCAGCACCUGCAGCUCCCACAUGUCAGCUGUUGCUCUUUUCUUUGGAUCUCUAGCAUUUAUGUACCUGCAGCCAACAUCAGUCAGCUCCAGGGACCAAGGGAAAGUGUCCUCUGUGUUUUACACUAUUAUUGUGCCCAUGCUGAACCCUGUGAUAUACAGCCUGAGGAAUAAGGAUGUCAAAGUGGGCCUAAGCAAACUACUUGGAAAUAGAAGUUUGUGA